UCAUCCUUCCUUGUUGACCCAUCAGAAAACUUUCGAUUAUUUACAAACACCGCCCAAAGAAAAAGAAAACACAAAAAUGGAUUCAUUCAUGAAAGGAAUCAAAAACGUCGCCGCCACCGCCGGCGGUGGAGACAAGAAAGAAACGAACCCAGAUCAGCCGUCAAACAGUGAGCUUUUGUCAAGUGCAAAACAAGUAGCUGAAGCAGCAAAACUCGCCACCAGUAACCAAUCUGACAAAAUUGACAAACCAAAAGUUGCCGGCGCCGCCGCCGACAUUCUUGAUGCCGCGAAAGAGUACGGCAAGUUUGAUGAGACACAAGGUGUUGGACAGUAUUUGAAACAAGCUGAUGAUUAUCUUCAUCAGUAUGAGAAGGGGUCUGGUGGCACCGCUGCUGCGCCACCGCCUGUGAAGGAGGGAGAAGGUGCUCCGCCGGCGCCGGUGGAGGAGAAGAAGCCGGAAAAAGAAGAAUCUGGAAGUGGGUUUGGAGCUCAGGAUGCUUUGAAGGCUGCCGGAAGCUUUUUUAAGUAAAAGUGUUUUAUGGGUUGUAUAUUUUUAUGUAAAUGAUGAAAUUAAGCAAAACAAGUUAUUAUUGAUGUGUUUUGCAGUGUCAGUUGUACCUUGUUUUUUACUUGUUGUACGUUGUGUGUUUCUCUAAUGUAAUAAUAAUUGUGUGAUUUUCAUUAUCUGACUAAUUUUCACCGUGUUUGUGUCAUGACACAGUUAAUUCAAGUUUUAUUUUCUUAAAA